ACGAUAGAAUUAUUGAAUAGUAUUGGUGGUAUUCAAAGAAUUUAUAAAUACAUGGAAAAUACAUCAAAUUCAAAACUAUUUGCGGAUGCUUUUGAUGUUGUUAUUCAUUUUGCUGAUAUUCAUAUUGGAAGAAAGGUAUUAUAUUUGAAUGGAAUUGUUGAUCAUUUGAUUAAUACGUUACAAAAAACUGUACAACCUGAUAUGUAUCUUACAAUAUGUUAUGGCAUUGGCAAAAUGGUUUUAUAUGGUCCUGCUAAUGAAAAAUUAUCUACCGAAAAUGUUAUUAAAAAUAUUUUAGAUGUAUUAAAGAAUGAUAAUUUAAAAUGGAUUACGAGGAACUCGGCGAUGUUUGCGCUUAAUGAAUUAUUCAAUAGCAAUGCGCAUAAUUGCGAGAAUUUCUUGAAACUUCAUGGCGAGGAUUAUUUAAUAUGGCUGAUCAAACAAUCAUACGAAAAUGUACCAUUAGAAAUUCGAUUGAUAGCUGUUCAAGCACUGAUCGUUAUAGCAAAUCAUUCGACGUUGAGAAAUUUUGUGAUUAAAGAUGAAACUAUAGAUGCUUUGUGUACAACAUUCGAGGUAGAUUGUCCAAGUAUGGACGAAUUUAAAGUAAUUUCUUGCCAAGCUCUUUCAAUGUUCUGCAUUGAUAAAAUCGGAAGGGAUGCAUUUCUCAAAAUUCACGGUCCGUCUAAAUUAUAUUAUUUACUAUCAGAUUUGCAUUCUAUUCCCAUAAGAAAUGCUGCGGUUCAAUUGAUUCAAUUAUUAUCCGCUGAUCCAGUUUUGGCAAAUGUAUUCGUACAGACAAAGUAUUUGUCAUACAUGUUGAAUAAUCGUGUAUCGACAAGGAUCAUACCAUCAUGGGAUACUUGCAUAGAAGCUCUUUUUAAUUCUCAUUUACCAGCCAAAUUUGCAUUCACCGGUCGGCUUUCAUUGCACGAUAUAACCAAAGAUGGUUUUUAUGUUUUACGUCAAAAUAUUUGCCCAUUUCCUGUAUUAAAUGAUAUAUUUCGUUUUAAACUUUGUCCAUUGGAACCCGUUUAUGUAGUGAAUACAGCACGAUCUUAUUCAUCGAUUACUACAAAUAAUAAUAAUAAUAAUAAUAAUAAUAAUAAUAAUAAUAAAAACAAUGAUAAAAAUAUGGAAGAAGCUAAAAAUUCGAUUAUAAACGAGAACGCUUCGAAAGGAAUAUUUCUAUCAGACGAAAUUCUAAAUAGUUGGUUGCAAUUAAUGUUUGGUCGAUUGCAAUUAGAUCCGUAUCUCUGUGAAUAUAUUGAUAUUUUAAAAUGCAAACUGGUAGCUAUGGAAUCAAAAGAUUUAAUAAUCAAUGAAGAACCAAAUUUGGUAAACAUUUGUACCAUUGCUUCGCGUGCAAAAAUGUUAGCCGAGUUCGUUGCACGUCAAAUGUCAGGACCUGACCCUAGUGGCACGUGCGUAGAUCAUCAAUUAGAAGUCCACUUGAGAGAGAUCAAAGAAUCCAUAGGAACGAGCGUGAUUCCUCUCGGACAGCUGCGUGUCGGUUCUUAUCUAGAAAGAGCAGUACUUUUUAAAGUAUUAGCUGAUAAAAUAUGUCUUCCAACUGCUUUGGUACGAGGAGAAUACGGUACCGCUUGGGUCGAGAUUGCUAUACCACAAAUCGAGGUACCAUCCGAAGACACUUGUUUUAUGGAAUAUUUAAUGAAAGAAGGACCAUGUACCGAUUGGAUCGUAAAAGAUAUCUCAUUAUUGGAAGAAAAUCAAUUAUCGUCGAAGAAAAUAUUUUCACAGGUUCAAAGUGUAAGUAAUAUCGUUGUACCUUGGAAAUUAAAACAAUCAAUUUUUCCAUCGAAGUUAAUGAAACCUAACGUUAUAGUAGAUUUGAUAGAAAAACCUGGUCGAUUUAUAUCAAUCGAUAGUGAAUUGGGUAAAGCAUAUAGAAGUAAAAAAAUCGUUUGCGAUUUGAUAUGUUCGUCUGAAUUAUGAGAUUUAUUUUUGAAGAAAAAAAAAAAAAAAAAAAAAAGAAAAAAGAAAAAAGAGACAAAAAAAAUCUUUUCAACUUAUUAAGAAAAAUUCUUUAGUUUUUCAUCCUACGUGUUACAAUUAAAGCAUUCCUUUUUCUUCUGUUUUUUUUUCUUUUUUUUUUUUUUUUGUUUUUUUUAUUAUUUGAUUUAAAAAUAUUGCUUUUGUAAUUUGUUGACAACGUUCGUUUGCCAUUGAAAGUUGUUAUAAAAAAGAAAGGAUUCUUGUUUUUUUAAUUCAAAGAAACUUAAUUUGAGUGUGUGUGUGUGUGGGGGGGGGGAGGAGGGAGUGACAAGUAUUAUAAAGCAUAGUACUUAUGUAUUAUUUAUUUUAAUAACAAAAUAUAAAAUAUUAUUUACACUCGUAUCAUUGCGUUUGAUGUAAUUAUCAUAAAGCUAUUAAUAAAAGCUCAUUAAUAUAUAAUAACGAAAUUGUAACAAAGAUAUUAUUGAUGAACAUUACAUACCAUUUUAUUAUAAUUAUAUUGUAAAAUAAACAUCAAACGCGUUAUAUCGAAAUACUGUCAGAAAAAAAAAAAAUAUAUAAUGAAAUUACAUGUAUACGUGGUAUGUAUAUAAAAGUUAUGCGUUAGAAAUGGAUGAAAGAAAUGUUGACGUAGCAUGAAAUCAUGAGCAAUAAUA